AUGGAUUUGUUUGAAAAGUACAGACAAUUCGUGAUUAGUUUGAAUGCAAACUGUAUUUGUCCUCAAAAUAGUGGACACAAACACACGUGGAAUCAAUUGACACACAUUUACCACACUUUCACACAUGAUAUCAAGUCAUUCAACACAUCACUCGAUGCACAUCCAGUGCCCGAAGACAUCACAUCCAGAGAUGACAACAAACACAGUGUCCGACAACUCAUACAAACAGAGGACACAAGAAGUGAAUCAAUUGUUUUAAAGAAGACAUUGAAUGGCAAUAAAGCGAAGACAACAACAAAGAGAAAAUAUACGAAACGCGACAAGACGUCAGACAACUGGCCGAAUGGGAAGCGCUUUCGACCGAAAGUCUUUGUCUGUGAAUACACGGGAUGUGAGCGACGGUUCCGGGAGUCGGAAGAACUCGUGGCACACAUUCGGGUCAGACAUACAAUGGAGCGGCCGUUCGGUUGCGACGUCUGCCACAAGACAUUCCCUAUCGAGCGAUACCUACGGAUCCACCAGAAAAUCCAUGCGGAGGACAGCCGACAGGUCCGGUGCGAACGCGAGGGCUGUGACAAAAGCGACGAAUCGGAGGAUAAUUCUGACCACAAAUGGGAACAGACUUUAAGUGAUGAAGAAAUGGAUGACAAAAAUGAGAAGAAAAAGAGAAAAUAUGUUAAGAAAAUAAAGACUCAAACGAGUGAUAAUCAGAAGACAACGACAACAACACCAAAGAGGAAAUAUAUUAAACAAAAUAAGACAUUGAAUGACACGAAUGGGAAGCGCUUUCGACCGAAAAACAUUGUCUGCGAAUACACGGGAUGUGAGCGACGGUUCCGCGAGAAUGAAGACCUCGUGGCACACAUUCGGGUCAGACAUACAAUGGAGCGGCCGUUUGAGUGUGACGUCUGUCACAAGACAUUUGUCGUCGAGCGGUAUCUGCGGUCGCAUCAGAAGAUCCAUACGGAACCCAAUAGUGGCAAGAAGUACGGCUGUUCGUGGCCGGGAUGUGAAUACGUGUUCCGCACCAAACAGUCACUUUCCAAUCACAUGCUAUGCCAUCAACAGCUCAAACAAUACGCGUGCGAUGAAUGUGACCAACGAUUUAAUCUCAAGGCUAGUCUACAAUCGCAUAAGAAGUCCCGGCACUCCAACGCCCGGCCCUAUGUGUGUGAUUGGCCCGCGUGUGAGGCCACGUAUAAGUAUUGGUCUACACUUCAUAGCCAUAAACAGAUACAUCUGGGAGUCAAACAGUUUAUGUGCGAUAUAGAGGGUUGUGGUAAAGGGUUUGUCACUAAACACUAUUUAUAUCAACACAAACGUCAACACUUGAAGCCAUUUGCGUGCAGUUGGCCCGCGUGUGACCAGCGUUUUGGUAGCAAUGAUAAGCUCGUGGACCACAUGAACGCACAUCAGGGCCUACGAGUGGUCGACUGUCCUGUCGAGGGUUGCAAUAAGACAUUUACGUGUAAACCCUCUGCGAGACAUCACUUAAAACAAGUCCAUAACUAUGCCUCUACUGAAGGCGUUUUUGAUAAAUAG